AGGUGCAAGGUACAGCAAGCUCACAUGUGCAGUCUUCUUUACCGUAGCUUUCUCCACAGUACAAAGUCACUUUCCUCUCGUAGUUUGUACAAUAACUUGAGGAUAGUGUGCCUCCCUGUUGGAGUGUCUAUAGGCUUGUGUCGCACUGCAAUGGCUCAAGCCAGCAACACUUCCAUAUAUGACUUCGAGGUGAAGGACAUCGACGGCAACGCUGUCCCGUUAGAAAAGUAUAAAGGUUUUGUGACUCUAAUCGUCAAUGUUGCGUCUAAAUGAGGAUUUACAAAGAAGAACUAUACUCAGCUUCAAGAACUGCACCAAAAGUAUGCUGAGAAAGGUCUUCGUAUUCUUGCCUUCCCUUGUAAUCAGUUUGGCAGUCAAGAACCCGGUAGCAAUGAAGAAAUCAAAGAAUUUGCUAAAGGCUAUGGAGCUGAAUUUGAUUUAUUUAGCAAAAUAGAUGUGAAUGGUUCCAAUGCUGAUCCCCUUUGGGUUUACUUAAAGAAGGCCAAGAAAGGCACACUGACAGAUAACAUUAAGUGGAAUUUUACCAAGUUUUUAUGUGACAAAGAAGGUGUCCCUGUUAAGCGGUAUGCUCCUAGUACAGCUCCAGCAGAUAUUGUGAAAGACAUUGAAAAAGAGCUGCAAAAAUAACUUUUUACUUCAAGCAAAAUGUCUUGAUAUUCAGUCUUUUUAUUCCAUUGAGCAUAUUUUCACGUUGUGUGCAAUAAAAAAAACAAAUAUUAUUUAUUUAAUACUUUAUUCACAUGGUACUGGGUUUUGAUAAAAAGCUUCUGUUAACCACAAAUAUACAAGCCAAUCAAAAAUGGUUUAUUUGUGAAAGCCUCACUUGAUUGACAAGUCACUGACCUCAGAAGGCGAAAGAUCCGUAUCCUACCUACAAUUACAGUAACUUAUAAACAAUAAGUUAUUCUGAUUCAGGAAUUUUGUCUCAAAGGUAUAAUGAUAAAAAUAUUUGGUGGGAAUUAGCGGUAAACUAGUGUGAGCUGCGUCGGUGUUUCUAAAGAAACAGUUAUGUAAAAAGAUAAAUUUAAUACCGUAAAAAAAGUAUGUGAAAUAACUUACUGACGUUUCGGACGUUAAUUGUCGGAGUAAAAGUUUACUCUACUCCGUUUACUUUACUCCGACGAAGGAUUAACGUCUGAAACGUCAGUAAGUUAUUUCAUAUACUUUUUUACGACGUUAAAUUUAUCUUUUUACAUAACUGAUAAAAAUAUUUGUUUGAUAAUCAAAUAUUCCCUCUGUACCAUGUGAAUAUAGUGAAGAUUUUAGAUUCACAUUAUUAUAUCAAGUAAAGGUUAUGUUUAUGAUAGUGAUUUAUGUUUCAAGAAUAGUCAUAUGCUCAUAGUUUGAGCAAGUAUUUUAAGUUUUAAGUUAGGAUACUAUAUUAGGAUGUUAUAUUAUUUUGGUUGGUAAAAUCUCAGCUUUGAAAAUGGACAAGAAUGUUCAAAUAAUAUUUUUCAAAAAAAGACAUGAUUUUUUUGUGUAUAAAUCAUUGUGCUUAUUGACAAUUGUGAAAAGUUGUGUUUUGUAGGCUGUGGUGAUGAUAAUUUAGUCCUAAACUAUUUGUAGUAGACUAAGAUUGAUGAGCUCGGGCUGGUGCAAGGUCGGGCUACAUAGCUCAAAAACACACUCUCAUUAUCAUUGUCAUUUCAAAAUCAAAUUAAAGCUGAUAUUUUUGAAGAAAA